AGUGGAAAGGCUUCACAGCAGCUACUAAACCUGCUAAAACCCCUACAUCAUUGAUGUUACAUUCGGGAUCGCCACGUGCAUGAUUCAUGAUGCCGAGGCUUAGCUGCAUCUCUAGCGAUCCUUUCGAAGGCAAAGCUUGCGAAAACUCAUGAAGCUGCUGAACAGGUAGAAUGCUACUGAUGUGAAUAUUGUUUCAUUAAAAGUGCCGCCCGUGUCUCAUAAUUAUCGGCACAUACCGACAUCUGCAUACUGCUUGGUACUUCUUUCCAUCUACUAUUAAAGCGGACCUUGUCGCCAGACAUUUGAAUCUAUAAACAUCAGCUGUUUCCAUAUACUCAUUUGCAGUGUCUUUAGCAUUUAUCUGGUGUCUGCUUCAUCCGUUCCCAUGUCUGAUGGUAAUGCCAACAGCGGCUUAGCCGGCACUGGUGGCGACGGGAAAUUUGGGCUUUUAUUGACACUCUUGCCCAAACUCCCCUUAGUACUUAAGGUCGUUCUGCUGCACGUCCUACGGAGGUCCGAAACCUCCAAGUACUUAGACCUGAAGAGCGAUGUAACCAUCUCGGUCCUGCGCUCGACUCUUAACUCGGGGAAGCAGGUGGGCAUCAGAGAAACGCAGGUAAUGACAACGCGGGACCCAGGCGUCAAGGGCAGGAUAUGGAUCAGCACGGCGGCAUCCAAGGUACCCCCCGAGCAGGGGAUCCGCGACGCCUUAUUGGCGGCUAUCGACGGCCUGCGUGCCCCUGACGCAAGAGGCGCAAAGCCAUCGUUCAAGAUCCCCGAUAUCGUCCCCGUAGAGGCCGAGUGGACGGGCUACAGGGCGGGCGUAGCCAAGGACGCUACGCCGCCCGCGAUCUCGGAGGAGGAGAAGUAUUACGAGAUGAUGAAGGAGACGAAGAAUAAGUCGACGAUCCUGUAUUUCCACGGCGGCGCUUAUUACGUGUGCGAUCCGAUCACGCAUAGAGGCCUGGUGAAGAGCUUGGCUAAGUCGACUGGCGGGCGCGCGUACUCCGUCCGCUACCGCCUCGCGCCCCAGAACGCGUUCCCGUCAGCGUUGCUGGAUGCAUUAGUGUCCUACUUCACACUCCUGUACCCGCCCCCGGGAUCCUUCCACGAGGCCGUGAGUCCCAGCGACAUCGUCUUCUCCGGGGACAGCGCGGGCGGCAACCUCGCCCUCGCCCUUCUGCGGACGAUCAUGGAGAUCCGGCGGCAGGACCUCAAGAUCGCGUGGUUCGGCGCGGACCGCGAGGUGCCGCUGCCCGCCGGCGUCGCCGCCAUCUCGCCGUGGGUGGACCUGAUCCAGACGAUGCCGUCGCUCGUCGCGAACCAGCAGUGGUGCUACCUGCCGCCGCCGAUCCUGCUCUCGGAGACGAUCAAGCCAAAACCGGACGGGCUGUGGCCGGCGGACCCGCCGCGCCGCCACAUCUACGUCGACGACGCGUACAUCCUGCACCCGCUGGGCACGCUGCAGAUGAACGCGAGCUGGGCGGGCGCGCCCCCCGUCUACGUGUGCUGCGGCUGGGAGACCAUCGCCGACGAGGACAGGUAUUUAGUGUCGAAGCUUGCGAGGGACGGCGUCACGGUCGUGUUCGAGGAGUACGAGGCCAUGCCGCACGUGUUCGCCGCGAUCCUGCCGCAGCUGGCCGAGGCGCGGCGGAAUAUAGAGGGUCUGGCGCGGUUUGUGAAGGACGUGUGCGGCGCGGACCCGGGGAAGGUGAGGUCGUCUUAUAAGACGAUCAAGGCGAGGAGUCUGGAGGAGGUGGACAUUGAUGUGGAUAAGCUGAGCCCGUUUACGGAUGAACAGGUCUGGGAUUUGGCGAGGAGGACGGUUAAGGAGAGGAAUGUGCCUCAGGUGCCUGUUGCUGAUGUGCCGGCGAAGCUGUAGAUUUGUGGUUUGACCUAUACCAGAAAAGAGCAUACAUUAUAGCUGCUCCUAUCUAGCUUAAGUUGUAUGUUGGUCACAUAGAGCGUUGGGUUUCCUUUCCAUGGACAUCAUGAUAUGUAUUGCUCAUAUUCCAGACGCAGUGCUACGAACUAUUUAUGUACACUUACACGAUUAUGAAUACGUACGUCACAGGUACAACCAAGUCAACAAAUUAUCUCGG